AUGGGAUCGUUCAACUUUCGCUGGGAGCAUCCAGCCAAGGACGUGCACGUAACCGGCACAUUCGACAAUUGGACCAAGAGCGUCGAACUGAAGAAGGACGACACUGGUUUCGAGAAGCUCGUAACUCUGCCACCGACCACCGAGAAGAUUCUUUACAAAUUCGUCGUUGACGGAACUUGGAUCCACGAUCACACCGGCAAGACGGAGACCGAUCACGAAGGCAACAUUAAUAACGUCCUCUACCCCGAAGAUCUCGUCCCAGAAAACUCAAUGGAGCAUACCACAUCUUCAGUCGCGCCAGGCGCAACAACCACCGAGCUCGCAGGAUCGGUUCCUUUGGAGGAAUCGUCACUUCCUGGCGCCUUCCCCGAGACCCCUGCGGCGGACUUGUCAAGCAAUGAUGCUCAGAAGGAUGGUCUGUCGAAUGCCGGCGCCUCCGCAGGGGAGACGAUUUCAAACGCUGGAACAGCAGCUGCUGCUGGAGUCGCCUCUGCUUUCGCAGCUGGUGCAGCCGCGUUGGGAAUGGGUCAAGCAGCGAGUGACAGCAACAACAAGAAGGAAGCAGAAGAGUCUGUAAUGUCUGUCAACCCGAUCCCAGCUUCACAAGGCACCGGAAACCCGAUCACCCUUGCGCCUGGCGAAAAGGUUCCCGAGGCGUCGACCAUCCACUCCAACACAAUCUCAUCCACGGUUCGCGACGAUCCCGAGUUGGUGAAGAACGACACAGAAAAGGCGUUUGGCGUUGCUCCCAUCCCUGCCACGGGCGGUGUCGGCAACCCCAUCACAUUGGCGCCUGGCGAGAAGGUUCCAGAAACGAGCACCAUCACGUCAAGCACUCUUGACAGCCACGUCAAGCUGGAUAAGGCGUCGUACGAGAAGAGUGACUCUGGUGCACCCGUGCUUCCAGCUGUUCUGUCGCCACAGAGCGAGCGUGAAGCUGAAGGUGCUGCAAUCUUCACCGGACUUGGCCCACAGACCACAAACAUGAUUCCAGAGUCCAGCAUGGGCAUGGGCGCAGAUGUCCCACCAUCAGUUGACGGAGCCGGCGCUACCAUCUCUUCUGUUGGCGCGAACAGCACUACCAACGAGCUCGCAGGCAAGCAGCCAAUCUUGCAACGAGGUGUUCCAGAAGUGGUCUCUGAAAGCCAGCACGAGGCUCACGUCGCUCCAGAGGCGUCUGCAAACCCAGAAGCUGUACAGGAGAAGAAGGAGAUGGAGAAUGAGCUGAAGUCGAAGGUUCCUGAAGAGGAGGCCAGCACGGAGGUGAAGGGCAUUGACGGUGUUCCAUCGGUUGUGACUACCAGCCAGCAAAAGGCACACGUUGAUCCCGAAGCGGCUGCGAACCCAGAAGCUGUGCAAGAGAAGAACGAGGUGGAGAAURAGCUCAAGUCCAAGGUUCCCGAAGAGGAGUCCGGCACUGCCUCUUCCAACGGUGGUAUCAGCACCGGCGGUAUUGCUGCCGCUGUAACUGGUGGUCUUGCUGCUGCUGGUGCCGCUGCCGCUGGUGCCGCCCUCACCCUCAACCAGAAAGUCAAGGAGACCACCGGUACUGAUGCUGUUGCUGCUCUGCCAGAGACCACGCAGAACAGCAUUCAUGAUGCUAACAAAUCUUCGGAUGCUGGUGCGACUGUCGAUUCUGCUGUCCCAGCCGAGGCUGCCAGUGCUGUCCCGUCUGAGGUCAAGGAAUCUCAGAAGGAGGCCCACGUUGCGCCCGAAGCGUCUGCCAAUCCGGAGGCUGUGACCGAGAAGAGCGAGGUUGAGAAGGAGUUGCUUGCAAAGGUGCCGACUGCACAGGAGUCUGGUGAGCCUGCACCGACCGCCACGGCUGCCACAUCUACAACAGCCCCAGUCGCUGCCGCCAGACCUCAAACUUCCUCCUCCGGUGCGCCUCAGCUCGCUGAUCCAGUCGGUGCUGGACUUGCUCCCAUCACAAUGGACGAGAAGUCUGCCCUCAACGCCUCCGCAGCUUCUCCGGCGCAAGUCGGUGGAUCUGUUCAGAGUCGGGAUGUAAGCCCAAUGACAAAGACGGACACCACAAAGCCGGAUACCACGACGCAGACUGCGCCUGUAGUCACAUCUGGCGUUACUUCUACCGAGGUUCCAGCUGUGACGUCUGGGGCUCCAGUUGGAACCCCACGCAAGCACCAGAGCUCGCCCUCGACCAGCACGCCAACGUCGAACAAGCGAAACUCAAUCUACGAAAGACUGAAGGGUUCUCCCAGCACAGGCGACUCUCCCAAGCCUGGCAGCGACAAGGAGAAGAAGAAGGGCCUGUUCAGCAGGAUCAAGGAGAAGCUCAAGAACUAG